AUGCCGGCCAUCAGAGGCCCCAAGUCCAAGUCCAAGACCAGACGACACACCCGCGACCUGGACCAGGUCCACGCAGACGUCGCCUCCAAGGAACACCUUCAAAAGUACAAGGACCUACACGCGCAUGAGGAUUUGCCUGGAUUCGGAGACUUCUACUGCACGGAAUGCGCCAAAUGGUUCGAGUCCCAGACCAACCUCGACAAGCACGCGAAGGGGAAGCCACACAAGAGACGUGUGAGGGACUUGAAAGAGGAGCCAUAUAGUCAGAAGGAGGCAGAAGCAGCAGCUGGAUUGACUACCGACAAUGGGAAGAGGCUGAAUGAGGAGGAUAUGGUGGAUGCGUCGGAAGAUGAGGACGUGCGAUGA